UUAGUGAUAUGGACAUUGUGUUAGUAGACAGACGGACUAGUGUUGGGCUUGGAACAAAGACAAUAAAACUGUUGUAAGGGAGAGCUGAGAAAAAUAACGUCAAAGUUGACGCAUCAGUUUUGUUAGUUUCGUUGGUGUCACGUGUGUUAAAAAAUUUAUUUUACAAUAAAUUGUAUGAAUAAAAUAGUAUUAUGGUGACAGUCGUAUGAUGAAAUAUAAAAAAAGUGUUGUCAUGCAAAUCCCUGUUUUACAAUUACGAACAUUUAACUGUUGAAGAUCGUACGGAUGUGUGAACCAGUGCAGUACAAAUAAUUACAAUAAACCAACUAGCCAACCAACCAAGCUCACUAUUAUUUUAUUAUACGUAACACUAUCGAGUGAAAGUGUCGAUAAAUUAUAAAGAUAAAUAAUUUAAUCAUAGAUAUGGAUAAAAAAAGUUUAUCAACAAUUUGAAGACAAAAAAAAAAAAUUAUUAUCAAGGACUUUUUUUUAAAUUGAUUUAUUUUAAUAUUUUAUAUUUUUGUUGUCUUUGCACUGUUUUGCGCAUCUGUUUUACCGUCAUCAUCAUCAUCAUCAUCAUCAUCGUCGUCGUCGUAGUAUCUCCCACACACUUAUAAAAUACACAAUACGACAUUUGUCGUUUUAACUUCGAGGUCGGGGGCCUCACUCGUGUUAUUUUAUUUUUUUAUUAUCUGUCUCUUUGAUGCGAGGAAGAAAAAACAUGGGUAAUUUGAGAAGGUGAAACACGUACAAGAACAAAAUAAUUGGUUAUUUUUUUGUUAUCUUAACAAGACGAAAAAAGCCAAUAUAUUUUGUCAAGGACCAACGAAGAUAAAUAAAACGGCUCUCUGAUUUACAUUGGACUUGAACAUUCAUUCAAGUUCAAUAAAAAAUAUAUUAUUAAAUUAUACGUUUGGAAGCUGCAAUAAAUAGAUAAACAAAAAUGUCGUCACCAAGUGCUGGAAAACGACGCAUGGACACUGAUGUUAUAAAAUUGAUUGAAAGUAAACAUGAAGUAACAAUUUUAGGCGGACUUAAUGAGUUUUCCGUUAAGUUUUAUGGCCCUCGGGGCACACCUUAUGAAGGUGGAAUAUGGAAAGUACGAGUACAUUUACCUGAACAUUAUCCAUUUAAAUCACCAUCUAUUGGAUUUAUGAACAAAGUUUACCAUCCAAAUAUUGAUGAAGUAUCGGGUACUGUGUGUCUUGAUGUUAUUAAUCAGGCAUGGACAGCUCUCUAUGAUUUAUCGAACAUCUUCGAGUCUUUCCUCCCUCAAUUACUAACAUAUCCUAAUCCAAUAGAUCCACUUAACGGCGAUGCUGCCGCAAUGUACCUACACAAACCCGAUGAGUAUAAAAAGAAAGUUGCUGAUUACGUUAGGAAAUAUGCAACAGAAGAAGCAUUAAGAGAUCAAGAGAAUGCCGAUAAUGCAAACGGUGUAUCAUCGGAAAGUGAAUCUUCGAUGAGUGAUUUUAGUGAAAAUGAAGCCCAAGAUAUGGAGUUGUAACUAGAUGCUUUACCACUUGUUAAUCUUCCAAUUAAGAUAUCUUAAAAAAAAAUUAAUAAUAAUAAUAAUUAAAUUGAUUUUUAUUUUAAAAAUUAAUACAAUACAUGAAAAUUUCUCGCCCGCGCGCGUGCACAAUACACAUUUUAUUACACACUACUAUAUGCAUGUGUAUGUAUAUAAAAAGAAAAAAAAUUUUAAUAGAACUGGCUGCGCUCAAGUCCACGAUUGUUGUUCGUGAUUUGAAGCUGUUAUAAAUUUGCAAUAAUAAUUAUUUAGUUAUAAAAUUUUUAUCACUUUCUUAUGUCGAUAAUCACAUUAGCAACGAGCUAACCGAAUUAACGCGCUGCGAUUAACGUUAAUAAAAAAAAUCGAUCAAUUGAUAAUUUUUUUUUUUUUUUGUCAAUAAUCAAAAUUAUUUUUUUUAAAAUAAUUAGCUUUUGUGCGGAUUAACUUCUAUCAUAUAUAUAUAUAUAUAUAAAUAUAUAUACAUAUAUUUAGUUGAAUUUUUCAUAUAUUUCGUUAAUGUGAAUAAAAUAUUGUGUUACUAUAAAUAGUUAAAACAAUGUCUCAUUUAAAAUAAAUAAAUAACAAGUAGUGCAAGUGAUAACUCAAAUUUACUUGUCAAGAUCAAAGUACUAGAUUUAAUUGCUUAGACAAUAUUCAAAAAUAUUAAGCGUUAAAAAAUGUUCUAAAAUAUAUAAACAUAUAUAUAUUUUUUUUUAAUAAAAAAAAAAUCUAACAAAAUUUACACAGUAUAUAAAUGAUGAUUAUUAAAAAAAAAAAAAAAAAAACUGCGUCAACUAAAUUUCCAUUAUAUGAAAUCGAAAUAAAAAAUAAAAUGAAUAAAAAAUAUCUUUCCCUUUCUGUUUAAUAAGAUAAAUUAUAUCUUUUCAUAGAUUAUUAUAUAAAAUAAUUAAAGAUUAUUAUUUUAAAAAAAUAAUGAUAACUAAUCGUUUACGCGGGAAGAUAAAAUUACAAAAUAAUAACAAACUUGCACCCCAAUAUUCAAGGUCAUUCUCAGAGUGUCCCCAAUUUUUUUAAAAUUUAAAUGACCUUCAACUCUCAUAAGUGUAUCAAAAUUUAAUCAAUUAAUUAAAAAUAAAUUAAGAGCUUAAUUAAAAAAAUAUAGAAUUUAAAAAAAAUUACUUACAGUUGGAAUCAAUUGGGAGUUAAUCGAAAUUUGGAAAAUAAAUUUCAGUAAAAUCAUGUCAAUUUUACAAUUAGAAUUUUCAAAUUUUGUAGGCUAAAAUUUAUUCAAAAAAUUUCGUUUAACUCCUAAUUGAUAACAACUGCAAUUUUUUAAACUCUAUAUUUUUUCAAUUAAGCUUUUAAUUUUUUGUUAAUUAAUUGAAAAAAUUUUGAUACGCUUACGACAGUUGGAAGUCAUUACAUAUUUUUAAAACGUGAAGGGUACUGUCAGAAUGCCCUUAAUUUAUCACUUAUUUGUUUACAAAUCGAGCAUCACUUAUCGUACUACCAGCCAGCCGAAUUAUUUUUUUUUAUUUAACGGUCGAAUAAAAAAAAUAAUAACGGUAAAAGUGUAAUUGUUUGAUAUUUAAAUUAUCGAGUCAAUAAGUGAAAAAUAAUAUCUAUAUAACUAUAUGUAUCUUAAUUAAGCUCUUAGGAUAUUUAAAUUGGUUUAAUAAUUGGUGGAAGUUAAUGACAAACAAAUAAAAAAAAUAAAAUAUAUAUAAAUAUAUAU